AUGGCCGAGCUACCUCCGGGGUACCGCUUCUACCCUACGGAGGAGGAGCUGGUGCGCUUCUACCUCCGGCACAAGCUCGACGGCAGCCGCCGCGAUGACAUCGAGCGUGUCAUCCCCGUCGCCGACGUCUGCUCCGUCGACCCCUGGCAGCUCCCAGAGGCGCACCCAGCCGCGUUCGGCGGGGAUGGGGAGCCGUGGUUCUACUUCUGCGCGCGGCAGGACCGGGAGGCGCGUGGAGGGCGGCCCAGCCGCACGACGCCGUCGGGGUACUGGAAGGCAGCGGGCACUCCGGGCCUGGUCUACUCGGCCGACGGCCGCCCCGUCGGGACCAAGAAGACCAUGGUGUUCUACUGCGGCCGCGCGCCGGCGGGGGCCAAGACCGAUUGGAAGAUGAACGAGUACAGGGCCUUCGACGACGACGAUACCCAUGCCGUCGCUCCGGCACCAAACCCUUUUCUCCAGGCCCGGAGCGAGUUCAGCUUGUGUCGGUUGUACACGAGAUUAGACAACUUGCGGCAGUUCGACCGGCGGCCGUGCACUGCCGCCCGAUGCAGCGCCUUUCAGGACCUGGCAUCGUCGUCCGCCGCGGCUGCUUUGGCGAAUCAGGACGACGAAGCCGGAAGGGGUCAGAAGAGGAAAAGGCAUGCAGCGACCGACGGCACAUCGUCAUGCGAUGACGCCGACCGGCCCAUGCAGCAGCAGCACCACCACCAGGAGCAGGAAGAAGCCGAUGAGGAGCUCCUCGGCGACAUGGCCGACUGGGCAGAGUUCUUGGACUGGAUCUGA